AUGGAAAUAGAAAUAGGCAGGGAAGCAAUCAGGAAGGGGUCUGCAUAUGUCAAGCAGAUUGACGGAGUGUCGUUUGCAUUGCUGCGCAAGUACUUUGCAGUGGACAACGCAGUGGUUGCACGCAAGCUGGCGCUGAUGUUUUUUCCGUUCAGGAAUGCGGAGUGGAGCAGCGAGGGAGGCGAGGAGAUCCGGCGGGCGGAGCUGUAUGUGCCGCUGAUGGGGUUUGUGUCGUAUGUGGUAGUGAGGGCGCUGCAGAUGGGGAUAAGCGGGACGUUUAGUGCCGAGCGGCUGGGGCUUGUUGUGAGCAGGCUUGUGGUUGUCGAGGCAGUGUUUGUGGCGGGGACGAAGGUUGCGGGGUAUUUUUUUGAUGUUGGGCUUGGAGUGCCUGAGGUUGUGUCGUAUAGCGGGUACAAGUAUGUGGUGGUGCUUGUGUGGAGGAUGAGUUUUGGGUAUGUGCGGUGGAUAGUAGGGAUG